AUGGACAUUGACAAAGUCCGGGAGGCUGUCGUCACUGCCUGGGAGCAAUCCCAGAACAAGAAAACGGCGCAGCUAGGUGCGCACAAGAUCUCGGCGGUGAAGCGUAAGCCGGGUGAUCCCUCCUUUUCUUCGCAGCAGCAGCAGCACCCUCAGGGCAGCAGCAGCAAUGCGCGAGAUGGGAAGAAGCACCCUUAUCGUGGCAAGCGCGCAGGCAAGAAGCGUCAAGGGCAAAACCAUGAUCACCACCAUGCCCACGAUGUCUUAAUCGCCUUGACCAUCUCCCUUCCUCCUCCGACCAUCGCUCACGUCCUCGACAUUGCACCUAGCGGCAGCAAGACUUGGACGGUUAAAGAGCAAGGUCCGUUCCACCUGCCUCCUUCGGCAGAUACCAGUCACUACAACAACAAGCAUAUCAAGAAAUCCUUCAAGCUCGCGCGGGACCUCGACAUAAGUCCCACCGAAGAAGAUAUCAAGGUCUUGGAUGCACUCAUCGGGCAGGUCAAUCCGGACCCGGAUGUCAACAUGGACGACGUCAAUUCCGUCGCAUCCAGCUGCGCGUCCAAGCGUGCUCACUUUGAAGGAGUCGCUCACGCGGAUGACGCUGCGGACAGCAACCACGACGACAACCAGUCUAUCGACUGGGGUAGUGACAAGGACCAGGGGGAGACUGUCAGUCUCGGCGACGAGGAAGACCUGGACCGCACUAUCGCAGAGGCUGCUGGUUUUGACCAGAAUGCUUUUAUUGAUGAGCACUACUCGGCAGCAUAG